AUGCGGAAUCACGUGUCCUACUGGUCUUUGCUAUCGAAGUUGCAUUUCGAGAACGGGAAUUGGCAAGAGGCAUCAUUGGAUCUAUCGCGGGCCCGAGAAAUACAGAUGCGUGUAAUUGCAAAGUCGCCCAGCGAAGUGACAAAUCUUGUCGAAGAAAAAAAAUUAGCUGCAAAAAUUUGCUGUCAGCUAGCGGAACUGCACUGGAAUCGUAGAGACGCGAACAAAGCGAUUGAGAUGUACAAAGAAGCGAUUAGCUUGAACAAUACAGACAUAAAUACAAUGACAUCGCUUGCGAAUUUGUAUUUAUCACUGGGCAAACUGGAUGCUUGUAAUACACAGUGCCAGCUUAUCCUGAACAUCGACAGGAACAACGACGAUGCAACACUUGUUAGUUAA